AUGUCCACCGUCCUCAUCGUCGGCGGCACGCGCGGUCUCGGAGCGAGCCUCGUUCGGCUGUACUCUGCCCGAGCCGACGACGACAGCGUCGUUUUCGGCACGACGAGGUCCAACAUCAUCCCCGCCGGCUUCCCCGUGCCCGUCAAGUGGCUUCCCGGAAUCGACCUCAUGCUGCCGAGUGCGGCCGACAGCUUGGCGAGGCAGCUACGCGACCCCCACGAGUCGGCGUCGCUGUCGACGGUUAUCAUCACGGCCGGCCACUUCACGAGGGAGGACCUCACGACCAAGGGACCCGACUGGGAGGAGGAGCAACGAAUGUACACGACGAGCGCCAUCGCGCCCGUCUUCGUCGUGCACCGGCUCUACCGGGCCGGCCUUUUGCGGAAGGGCGCGCGCGUCGUGCUCGUGUCGUCGGAGAGCGGCAGCAUUGCCCUGCGGCACGAGCACGAAGGCGGCGGCAACUACGCGCACCACGCGAGCAAGGCGGCGCUCAACAUGGUCGGCCGGCUGCUGAGCCUCGACCUCGCGGCCCAGGACAUCGUCGUGAGCAUCGUGCACCCGGGCUUCAUGCGCACCGAGAUGACGGCCGGCGUUGGAUUUGACAAGUACUGGGACGACGGCGGCGGUGAGUCCGUUCAAGGUUGCCCGUCGAUGCCUGCCGUCGCUGACGAUGGGCCCUUUGCCGGGUCGCCGACGUAG